UCAGCACGAGCACACUUGUUGCACUAGCUGCACUAGACAAGUAUUACUACAAAUUGCAUUUAUCUUACUAGAUAAACAACGCAAGAUGCCCCAGCGACGAGCCAAUAAUUCAGAGGAAGUAAAUAAUAAAAAGGUGGGCCGCCCGCGCCAGCGUAGGCGCCAGCCAAAAAAGAAAAGAAUUGAAGCAAUGCGAAAGACAGUUAAAUCGUAUGAUACGGUUCAGUUUCCGCCCGAGUGUGCUUGGCGAAAGACACUCGGCCAGAUACCAGGUGCACCGAUGCAGUCGAAAACGUCAAGGCGAGGUCGUAAAUAUCUGUACCCCAUGAAUCAACCCUUAUUUGCGCAGGUUCCGUUAGUAGAUGUAUCAGCUGUUGAGGAUACACUAACAGAUUUUGGUGACUGGUCAACCAACAACAUCAUAGGCCAGAAAGCUGCGUCUCUUGAAGCGGUUGAGCGAAACUUUUCAGAACUCCAAAUCAAGAAGCCGAGACCCAACCAACUCAAAGGUGUAAAUAGGAAGAAGAUAAACAAACAGCGUCAGCGGCAGCUCAAAAACAAAAGAGUCAAUAAAGCACUUCAGCAAGCUCAGCUCCAGACUCUAUUGGAACAUGAAUUGGUCGCGGAAACUCCUAUUGCUGAUGAAUCAUCGAAUCUUAAAGCAGUGGGUAAUACAAACGCGUCACAAAAAUGUAACAUACCGAGACCAAAUGACUUCGCAUUAAUGCCGCCUGAAUUGCAAGAAGACCCGACUAUGUGGAAAUAUUGGAAAAAACGGAAGUACCUUUUCUCGAGGUAUGAUGAGGGCAUCAAAUUAGAUAAAGAGAGCUGGUACAGCGUAACACCGGAACCUAUCGCAAGGCAGAUUGCAGAGAGGCGUCAAUACGAUUUAAUUAUGGAUCCUUUUUGUGGCGCUGGCGGCAAUACUAUUCAAUUCGCAAAAAAUUGUGGACAAAAAGUUCAAGCUAUUGAUAUUGACCCGAAGAAGGUAGAAAUGGCUCGACACAAUUCCACAAUAUAUGGCGUGGAGGAUCGGAUUCAGUUCUUCGUCGGGGAUUUUUUUGAAAUGGCCAAAUUGGCGCCUUUCCUAAAAGCUGACAUGGUCUUUUUAAGCCCACCGUGGGGCGGCCCCAACUAUGUAAAGGAUAAACCUUUUGACAUAGAGACGCUAGAACCCCGUCCGGCAUCAGAGCUGGUGAGAGCGGCUCGAAAAAUCAGCUCUUCAGUCACUUUGUACCUACCCCGAAAUUCUAACAGAGACCAGAUCCAAUCGCUUGCUGAUGAAAACGAUAUUGUGGAAAUAAAGGAAAUGAUGGGAGGACGUACGGGACAAGGAAAAAGUUUUCAGGCUUUAGUUGUUUAUUACAUUUUUUCUAAUGAUCCGGUUCCCUCACAGAUGGUGGUUUAAUUUCUGUGCUGCAGAUUAGUUAGAUCGUCUAAGCUUAUAUGAACAUUAUAACUGAAGUAAUUACGUUUUAAUACUUCUAUAAUUAUGAACAGGGUAUUCCUGCAUCGUAUUACUAAAUGGCCUUACUUAUGCUUGGCCUCAUUUAUGCAAACUGUGCAGCUGGUCUCUUACUUCCCAGUUUUGGUGGUCGGUGUUGUAUACUCCCAGUACGUAAGCACCAGAGUGUAUUCCUGUUCAUGUUUUUGUAAUCAUUCAUAUGCAUUGAUGGAUAAGAUUAAAUGGUGUAGUGUGGUUUACAAUUUAUAUAUCGCAGAGCUUCUGUCUAUAGUCAUUCUAACUUCUAAUAAUAAGUCGUAUGAGAAAACGAUGUUUCUUAUUUAUUUUCUUUAUUAUAAAGGUAUUCUGGAUAUGAGUAAAGUAGACAUAAUUAUAAAACUAAUUUUAUAACUGUAUAACUUAUAAGUAUAUGUGAGCUAGUAGGUUACCCUUUUUGUAUCAAUCUACUGAUUAAUGUUAAUGGAUAACGUCUAUACAAAAAGAGGGUAGGUAGGGACUCCUCAUCCUCCUCAAUAACAAAAUCAUCUGAAGUAUAAUUAUAAAUGAUAAUAAAUAAUUUGUGAUUGUAUCUAAUAUAACUAUACAAUAUCCUUAUAAUUUUAUAACCCAU